AGCCCCAAAUACGCAUAGUAUUUGCGACGAGGCCCCGAAUUGACUCUUUUCAGAAAAAGCCCAGCGGAAGUUACUAUCUUGCCCUCUGAUGGGACUGAGCUGGGUUAAUGUGCCCCUCACCUUUACAAGGUUUUCGCCGGAAAAAUGUCGUCGUCUACGGAAAAAUCCAGUAACGACUACGAGGUCGGGCACCGAGCCGAGUUGGAAGGAAAAGGCGCUUCAUCUGCGGGUGGCAGCACGGAGGAAGCUACGGAAGCUACGAAAACCCUAAUCGAAAUGCAAAAGGAGGCAUUACAAUGGCGAGACCAGAAAAGGAGGACGACAAUGGCUGGUCGUACCAACGAACCCCCCUCAAAAAAACAGGAAAAAAUUGCUCUAACAGGCUCAGCAGAAACACUAAGGUUAACGGCCAAUAUCGGGGCUUAUUGGGCAUUUAUGAAGCGCCUUGCCCCGAAGAUCCGUCAGUGGCAUAGGGAUGCAUACUGCGGUUCUAUAUUUCAGCACUACAUUUUGUUUGGGGCUCCUGCGGCUGAUCGGCCCACCCUUGAGCUGCUGCUGAGCUUUUUCGAUAGAGAUAAUAACACCUUUUGUAUACCUGAUUCAAAAAGUGGGGGUAUGAAAAAUGUUAGUUUUGAUUUGCAAUGGGUCCACAACCAUACUUAUUUCCCAAUUUAUGGGGAGGACAUAAGGAACAAUAGGGACUCAAGAAGCAGAAUAUGGUUGGAAUACUUCGCUAAGCUUUUCAUUUCUGAAGAGGGUAAGAAGUUAAAAAUAUCAGAAACCAGCCAACGUAAAUAUCUUGAAGGGCUACUUGAACGGCUUGUUGAAUCUACCAAAAAGCGGGAUAUCGAGGAUUUUGCUCUGCUAUAA